UGUCUUGUGAUUCCAUUAACAACAGAAGAAGAAAUCAAUCAUAUUUGAAUUAUUUUAUAUCUUUACAUUACUUUCUGUUGAUGUUGAAUUAAUAUUAUCAUAUUGCGCUUUAAAUAAUUGUUUCAUUAAGUUUCCUUCAAAUUCCUAAUAUUCUAUAAGACGAACAACAUAAGAGAAAUAUCACUAAAGGGCAUUGUGUACAAACAAGAAAUAACUUGUUAGAUAACAUUUAUUUUGCAUUACUCGGUAGUGUUUAGUUGAGUAAUCAUAUACAGUACAGAUUAUGCAGAUGAAACAUAUUUAACAACGUAAAUAAGCACCAUUGAUGAGACAAACUGCUAUUAAAUCUGUAUAAAAACGAUUGGAACAAUGAACAGGUCAGGAAAUACUUAUAUUACAACUAUUAGCACCUCGUUCUACGAAAAUGUAUCUUUGCUCACGCAAAUGGUACCGUCGUCCUUUAAAUUUCGGCAACACUUUAAAAAGAACAUGUUUGACAAGCCUAACACAGCUGGUUUUUUGCACGUAUCUCAUUAUCUAUCGGUCAUAUAUGACGCGAAGUUGUUUAAACAAAUGGUCAAGUGGCCACUGUUAUCUAAGAAGGAUGAAGUAGUGUAUCGCAAUGAAAUGAAAAACUUCCUUUCUUUUUUAUCGCGAGAUAAUCCAGACAUUAAUUUCCCAACGAUAUUGACAUCCCACUUAACACAAGCAGGAGGAACUAAAUUUCUUGUUAUCAUGUGGAAGAUAUCGCAACUUGCUCUCAGAACUUACAUUAAAAAACAAUUUCAAGGUGAAUUGUUGAGUGCACCACGUACAAGCCCAGUGGAUGAUUUGACUAUUGCAUACUUCAACAGCGUAAUUGCUGAAAGAUGCAAAGCUGCGAAAGAAAUGCACAGAGAAGCAAAGAGAAUUCUGGAUACUACAAGUAACUUACUCAAGAACGAAAUGGAAUCACAGAAUAUAUAUAAAGCAGAAAUUUUUGAUAGAACACAGAAUAUAAAGAAGAUGGUAUCUGAUAUGUUGGUUCAUCCAUUGGUUCAAAAACAGUUGCUAGAUGUUGAAGAUUCAAACAUUAUAAACAUAUGGAAAAGAAAUAUAUCAAAGAACCUCCAAUAUAUACGUGGCGGGAGUGAGAAAUUAAACGAAUUGGAAGAAUCCUGUAGGUGCUUAUACAAGCUUAUUUCGAAGAUAAUCUCGAAUUCGGAAGUACUCGAUGCAAAUAAAUUGCCCAAAAUCAACGGCGACAAUCGUUUGCUACAUACAGAGGAUUUGUACACGAAUGGCUCCAUUGCGUUCUCCACUCUACUGUCGUUAGUCAGUUUAGCAUCUGUACAAAUGUUACAUCAUAUAAACAUUGCCAACUCGUCAGAUUUGUCGAAAUAUUUAUCGCAUAUCGAAAAUGCUUGCAAAAGUAUGAAAGUUAUACGAGCGUUGUUUAUCGCGCUGGAGGUGAAACUCACCGGUAUACAUCUGGACGAACAACGCGUUUCUCGAAAAGUUACAAACGUUCCCACUAGUUUCAACGUGAAUGAUACGUUCGUCACAAACAGAAACGUGCUUUUGAAAUGUCCUGAGAUUAAUUUUGAUCUCGAUCAACAUAUAGACGAUGAUCAUUUCCACAAAACAUUGUGUCCAUCCCUGAUAGAAGGUAAGCAUAAGUAUUUAUUUAGAAGAUACAAACGUAAGUAUCAUCUAGAAAAGUGGAUUGUAGCAUCGUCAGGCUUCAAUAGUUCCUCUUGGAACCAUAUGAAUGGAUGGCUGUCUCCUCGCGCACAUUCCUUCAAGUGUAAGCCAGUUACACCUGAUGGAAAGUUAACUUCACCAUUAUAUUCUCAUCAUCUACAUUAUCCUUCACUAACGCCUAAACGUUCCACAGGAAAUAUAUUGCACAGUCCAACUUCAAUCUACGAACGAUCAACGUUGAGAAAAUGUCAUUCAAUAUCAGGAUAUCUGAUGAAUUCAAAGAUCUUUAAUGGAAAAGCAAGGAAACUUUUUAAUUCUUCUGUGAUAGCAUCAUUACAUAUAUCCUAAGAUAUAUUAGAAUAUAUAAAUUGAUAGGAUAUAUAAAUUGGUGAAUUGGAUCUUUCAAUUAUUGAAGUAAUAUUGUAGAUAAAAAUAUUUAACGAAAGUGGAGCUUAGAGAUAUUGUGAGUGACUGGAUAAUUUGUAUUAGAGAAUAGUCUAGUAGACAACAAUACUUAACAAAUUAAGAACUUUAAACAGUGUAAUAUUCAGACUUAUCAGGUAUAUAGAUUUGCGUUACACGUAGAAUGCCUGAGAUACAGUAUUAUUUUAUUUUAUACUUAUUCAUUAUUUUACUUACACAGUUUAUAUUUAUAGAAGUCCAUAUUUAUGUGUGUGCGCAUACAAUGUACAUAUCACAUAUGUCUAUGGAAAGGCAUAGAUGUGAUGAAACAGUGAAAAUGUACAAAAUGAGUGAUUUAAUAAAUAUUAGUAUCUUCUAUGAUCUUAAUCAGA